GCUGCCUGGAUAUAGUGCGUCAAGGAGCGGAGCUUGCAGUCACUUUGCGAGGAGGAGCGCGCGGGCUGCGGGCGGCUGGGGCACCCCGGGAGCAGCGGCGGUCUAGCAGAGGUGGCCGUGGCAGCGGAAGGUUCUCUCUCCAGGGCUGGACUUAAUAACUUUGGAACUGUCCACCAGUGUCACGUCCUGAACAUGAGCCUCCUCCUCUCCUUCUACCUGCUCGGGUUGCUUGUCAGUAGCGGGCAAGCUCUUCUUCAAGUGACAAUUUCACUUAGCAAAGUAGAGCUUAGUGUGGGCGAAUCUAAAUUCUUCACAUGUACAGCAAUUGGUGAACCUGAGAGUAUAGAUUGGUAUAACCCUCAAGGAGAGAAGAUAAUUUCAACCCAGAGGGUAGUGGUACAGAAAGAAGGCGUUAGGUCAAGAUUAACCAUCUACAACGCUAACAUAGAAGAUGCAGGGAUAUAUCGCUGUCAAGCAGCAGAUGCCAAAGGACAGACACAGGAAGCUACGGUAGUUUUGGAAAUUUACCAAAAACUCACUUUCAGAGAAGUGGUUUCUCCUCAAGAAUUCAAACAAGGGGAAGAUGCAGAGGUCAUUUGCCGUGUUAGCAGUUCACCUGCACCUGCCGUCACCUGGUUGUAUCAUAAUGAGGAAGUCACUGCAAUUUCCGACAGUCGUUUUGCCAUGUUAGCUAACAAUAAUCUGCAGAUUCUCAACAUCAAUAAAAGUGAUGAAGGUAUAUAUAGAUGUGAAGGAAGAGUGGAAGCCAGGGGAGAAAUUGACUUCCGUGAUAUCAUCGUUAUUGUUAAUGUGCCACCAGCAAUCACAAUGCCUCAGAAAUCAUUUAAUGCCACAGCAGAGAGAGGAGAAGAGAUGACAUUGUCCUGCAGGGCUUCAGGCUCUCCAGAACCUACCAUCUCCUGGUCAAGGAAUGGCAAGCUCAUUGAAGAAAGUGAAAAGUACCUUUUGAAAGGAAGCAAUACAGAACUCACUGUCAGGAACAUAAUCAAUAGUGAUGGAGGGCCUUAUGUCUGCAGGGCCACAAAUAAGGCAGGAGAAGAUGAAAAGCAGGCAUUUCUCCAAGUCUUUGUACAGCCUCACAUAAUACAGCUUAAAAAUGAGACUACAUAUGAGAAUGGUCAUGUCACGCUCGUCUGUGAAGCAGAAGGGGAGCCUGUCCCAGAAAUUACUUGGAAAAGGGCAGUGGAUGGCAUCACAUUUUCUGAAGGCGAUAAGAGCCCAGACGGCCGCAUUGAAGUCAAAGGGCAACAUGGAAGCUCAUCACUGCAUAUUGAAGAUGUAAAGCUGUCAGAUUCAGGGAGGUACGACUGUGAAGCAGCAAGUAGAAUUGGAGGACAUCAAAAGAGCAUGUACCUUGAUAUUGAAUAUGCUCCUAAGUUUAUAUCAAACCAAACAAUUUAUUACUCUUGGGAAGGAAAUCCAAUCAAUAUAAGUUGUGAUGUGAACUCAAAUCCACCAGCAUCAAUCCAUUGGCGGAAAGAGAAGUUAGUCUUACCAGCUAGAAAUACCACUAAUUUAAAGACGUAUAGUGCAGGAAGAAAGAUGAUCUUAGAGAUUGCACCUACAUCAGACAAUGACUUUGGGAGAUAUAACUGCACAGCCACUAACCGUAUAGGAACAAGAUUUCAAGAAUAUAUUCUAGCGUUAGCUGAUGUGCCAUCCAGUCCCUAUGGAGUAAAGAUUAUAGAGCUGUCACAGACCACAGCCAAACUUUCUUUCAGCAAGCCGGACUCCCAUGGAGGUGUGCCUAUUCAUCACUAUCAAGUGGAUGUCAAGGAAGUGGCAUCAGAAACCUGGAAAAUAGUACGCUCCCAUGGAGUUCAAACAAUGGUUGUUUUGAGCAACCUGGAACCAAAUACAACUUAUGAAAUCAGGGUUGCAGCUGUAAAUGGAAAAGGGCAAGGAGACUACAGUAAAAUAGAAAUCUUCCAAACAUUGCCAGUUCGUGAACCAAGUCCUCCAUCCAUACACGGACAGCCAAGCAGUGGGAAGAGUUUUAAACUCAGUAUCACCAAACAGGAUGAUGGAGGGGCCCCUAUUUUGGAAUACAUAGUGAAAUAUAGAAGUAAAGAUAAGGAAGACCAGUGGCUAGAGAAGAAAGUGCAGGGAAAUAAAGAUCACAUUAUUUUGGAGCAUCUACAGUGGACAAUGGGAUAUGAAGUUCAAAUUACAGCUGCCAACAGAUUAGGAUAUUCUGAACCGACAGUUUAUGAGUUCAGCAUGCCACCAAAGCCCAACAUUAUUAAAGACACACUUUUUAAUGGUCUUGGACUUGGAGCAGUCAUUGGCCUAGGAGUUGCUGCACUUUUGCUAAUACUUGUGGUAACAGAUGUCAGCUGCUUCUUUAUUCGACAAUGUGGGCUACUGAUGUGCAUCACCAGGAGAAUGUGUGGGAAGAAAAGUGGCUCCAGUGGCAAAAGUAAAGAACUGGAAGAAGGGAAAGCUGCAUAUCUGAAAGAUGGAUCAAAAGAACCAAUAGUGGAGAUGAGAACAGAAGAUGAAAGAAUUACCAAUCAUGAAGAUGGGAGCCCAGUAAAUGAGCCAAAUGAAACCACACCGCUAACAGAACCUGAAAAAUUACCAUUAAAAGAAGAAAAUGGGAAAGAAGUCCUAAAUCCAGAAGCUAUAGAAAUUAAAGUUUCUAAUGACAUCAUCCAAUCAAAAGAAGAUGACAGCAAAGCAUAACAAUAUUACCGAGGCUUGAUGCACACUACAAAAGAGCAUUUGGAUUGCAGUGACCCUAUGACCAAAACUAUUCCACUGACCUUAAUUUCUUGGGAAAAUUCUAGCUUGGAAUAGCUUGUACACAUAUACAUAUGAUCAUAUACUCCUGCCCAUGGUCCAUUCCUUUUCGUUGUUGUUGUCGUGAUUGUUCUUUUUGUUAAGAAUUUCAGUACAGAGACUUGAUUGACACCAACUCUUGGGUUUCAAUUGGAUUAUAUGAUUGAAAUACUGCAAUUAAUCAUAUGGCUAAAGUGCUCUAUUUCUUAAGAACUUUGUCUUAUAACCAACAAACAUAUUUCAAACUCUCUAGCACAUGAGGGUGUGAUGAAAAUCAAAAGAAAACAAAAGCUUUCUGAUCUAAAUGUACAAGAAAGCCCUGCAUGUUUAUGAAACUUAUUUUGGGCCAAUGGAUUUAUAAAGUGGCUUUCAGCUUAAGAUGAAGGCACAUAGUAGAGGUUACACUUUUUAUCAGGGGAAUUUCAGGGAACCCAGGCUUGAAGAAGCCAGUAAUCUUUAGCAGAUAUUAAAAAUCAAGGAAUCUUUGGAGAACUCUUUCAACUAAUGAUUACAGUACAUUUUCAACAUUGAUUUUGAUAGAUUGAAGUAUCAGAUCAAAAUUGUUACCCACUUGAAAGAAUCUUAGUUGUGUGCAAAAUUAGAUUAGAAAGACUCCCUGAAUCUGUGUCUUUAUAUAUGCCGUAUUCAUUCAUAUUGGAUUACACAAAAAGUAAGUGUAUUACAAGUAAAAAUAAUAUUGAUUUUUGCCCUCAGCUUCAAAUAAAAUAAAUUGAAAUGGGAACAAUAUAAAUAUGGUGUCUUUCUUAAAGUUUUUGGUCCUUCAUUAAAUGAAAUUGGGUAAUGGAAAUUAAAGACAAACCUUAGUAGGAAGAGAAGUUACUUAACAUUUAAAUGUGCCAUAAAGUGUCAGUGAUCAACAAUUGAAUUGCCACUGUAUUUUUAUGCUGAAUGUCAUAGCUAGAAUUCAUUUUAAGAUUUGGUAAACAAUUUUGGUGGACAAAACUCCUGGAUUAUUCCACAUAAACUUUCUAAUAUCACUUGGUAGGGCCUAUACCAGAAUAAAAAUACAAAUUAACUUCCAAGCUAUGCAAGCUCCCAGAGGUAAAAGUCUAAAACAUGAUUUAACUUACAUAUAAGGAAAAAUGUAUUGCUAUGAAGAUAUAUAACCAUUGGGAGCAGGUUUUAGAUUAUCUUUUAAGUUAACCAGCCAAAGUUGUUUGUUUUUUUUUUUUUCCCCAUCACAUUGGUUACCUUUGGUUUUUCAGGUAUGGACUAAAUAGCUCAAAUAUUGCCUGAUAUGAGAACAUAUUCCAAUAGAACAUUGGAGAAAAUUUUAACAGUGCAGAGGGACCCACUUUAAGAAUAUCUCUUUUAUAGAGAUGAUUUCAUGAAAGAUUAAAUAUAAUAUUAGUUCCACUCAUGAAUGUUUUUAUUUACAAAGUGCUUUGAAACUGUCAACCAAGGAGAGACAAGUAAGUAAUUUUAUACUGUCCUUACUUUGCUGGCUGAUAGCAGAAUAUGACCAUCUGCAUAUUAAAGCAUUGCUAUAAAAUGCGGGGUUUUUAUGCAGGAAUCUCUCCUUGCUACCCAUUCUGGCAUAUUCAGAAGAAACAGAAAUUAUCCAGUGGUUAUUGACAGAUUGAUGGUUGGUGUUUAUGUUUGUCUGAUCAUUUGUUUUGUUUUAUUUUUCUGUGUUUUAUUUGUACCAAUGUGCUAAAACUAGUCAAAAUACUUGAAUUAGUUUGUUUGUGUAAAGUGGCAAGCUUAGUAAAAUGUUUAUGAAGUAAUAGCCAUGAAUGAUGAUUUGUCAUGGAUAGGGCCACUCAAUUUUACACUAAGGAUACUGAAAGAAUUCCACGACAGAAAACAAUUUCGCAUGUUUACUAUUGUUACGUUUGUGCUACACUGCAAGAACAGAGAAAUCAUAAUCUAGAGCAAAAUAUUUUUGUGUUUUCUCAAUUUUGAAAGUUCUGUUUUUUUCUUUGGACUUUCCAUGUGAAGCAAUUGACUUACAUAUUUCUUUAUAUAUAUAUAUGCUGUUAAAUUUCUUGUCACUCGUGGAGAAAUUAUAUGAAAUUCAUAGAUAAUUUGGAAAUAAUUGUGAACAGACUGUUUCAAGUGCACUAUUUCAGUUGUCUGAAUGAUCCUUACAUCUUGUCCUUGAAAUCCAUGCCAUGCAGAAACAAGGUAUUACUGUGAAAAACUUUUACUUUUUUGACAUUUCAAUGGAAUGCUCUGAGUUACAUUAAUUGUAAGUUUCCAAGUAAGAAAUGGCUUGUAGUAAAUUGCAAAAUUUGAAUAGAACUGAAAUAACCUAUUUCUUAUUUUUAUUUUUCAUUCUUAUUCUAGACUAAAUAUAUCCAUAUAACUGUGUGUAUGUUAUUUUUAUUGUCUGGAGUACUCUUAAAUGUUCGUAUAAAAUGUUAAGAUUUGACUGAAUAUAAGUACUGUUAAGAUAUCUGAAUCCUAUGCUAUUUUAAACCACGAAGCAAAAAUGUCACUGAAAACAUUGAUAUUUCUAAGUAGGUUAUAUUCAUUUAAAUAAUGACAGCCUAUAGAAGGAAACAGUAAUAUAAGAAUUUUAAUAACUAUUUUGUUUAAAAAUUGACACAAAUUAAUGUGUCAACUUGUUUAACAAUGAUUUGCAAAUGAAUUACUUAGAAAUUGUGAUUUUUACAGAUUUAUUUAUUAUUUUUGUGGGAUAAGACAUAUUACCAUUUUAUUAAUACUAAUAUCUAACAAUGUACUGUCUAUGUUUUACUUUAUUUUUAAUAUUAAUACCUACAAAGUCAUUUUUUCAAAGGCUAUUUAAUUCAGAAAAAUUCAUAUGUGUUAGUAUUUGAAUUAAACAUUUAUAGAAAUAGAUGUUAUUAAUCAAAUUAUUUAUUUUAGUGCCAAUAAUUAAUUAUAAAUUUAUAAUCAUAUCUUCAUUUUAUUCUUUGUAUUUUAAAUAAUUAAUAUGUAUUUGUGCCUUUGAAUUAGCAUGAUAUUCUCCUUUAUCAAAAGAACAACUAAAACUGCCAUCACAGAUAUAUUUUGCUCACACUUAUGACACUGGCAUUAUACUUAGUUACAUUAAAUGAAUUAUCUCAAUUAAAACUCAUUUGCCUUGAAGAUAAAAUCUAAAUUAUGCUCUUUAAUUCAUUUGCACUUCUGAAAAUUCUUUUUAUAUGUACACAAAAUAUUUUUAAUGUGUUCUGCACUAUCCUUUUUGACAAUAAAUACAUUCUGGAUAUUGUUGGAACUGAGUCACUAGACAGUUGUAAGACAAAGGCAGCAAAUGAUUUUUUAAAAUAGGGAAAAUUAUGGUGGUGUCAGUUGGGUCUUCAUUACUCCUGUUGAUAUAUAUUUGAUUUGGGAUCAUAAAUCAUCCUUGUGAUGAUAAGAUAAUCACUGAUGAAACUAUCUACAAAUGAAAUGGUAGGAAUAUUCUUUCGUUUAUUAAUUUAGGAAAUAUUGGCAUAACAUUAUAAUUAUUUAUGAAAUCAGCAGUGUUCUUUUUCAUGGAGAAUAACAUAAAUUUCAAUUUGAAUUCCUCAUGGAGAUCUUUUACAAAAUUAUAUCCAGAGUGCUUAUUCAACAAAAUUUAAGAGCAAAUGAAAAUAUUUUUAAAUGAUAUUAUUAGCAUUAUUUAUGCCUAAAGAGAAAUAUUGACAUCUUAUUCUUAACCCUGUGGAGCAGUCUUACAUAUUCUCUCAAAUUGAAAUUGCAUAUGGAUAUAUUGACACAUAGUAAAUUUAAAUUGUGGAAAGUCAAAUAAAUGAAAUGCUCUAAUACUCAAAUUGAAAUCUUUCAAGAAAUCAUUUUAUGCAUGGUCUUAAUGAUGUUCCAAGAUGAAACAAUUAUGUGUGUCAAUGAGAAAGUGAUAAAACAGCCUAGCCAUAGUAGUUGCUGAGUAGAUGUAAUUUUCUUCCAAAUUCCACCCUUUCUUUUUUAAAAAUUGCAUUUACCCAUAUAGAAGCAGCUAUUUGAAGAUGUUAUACAAGAAUGUUAAAGAUUAAUUAUUUCCUUUCUUAUAAAAGUCAGAGGCUUUUAUAUUAUAUACAAUGGUAAAUAUUUAUUUAAUAACAAUAUUCUUAGAUAAAGUUCAUUAUUCACUAUAGGAUUUCACUAGUAAACUAUUAAUUGGUAUCACAUCUUUAAAUUUUCUUUUUUGGAAAUUUUCACAUUUCUGGCCACACAAUAUUUCUAAUUAUUAUUAUAAAAAUUGUCCAUAUGCAUUUAAAUAUUGCAACUCUAAUUUUUGUUCUCUCUUUUUUUAAUAAUAGUUUUUUUUUUAAGAGUAGAUAGACACAACACAAUGCCUUUAUUUUUUUUUUUUUUUAAUAUGGUGCUGAGGAUCGAACCCGGGUUCUGCCCGUGCUAGGAGAGUGCUCUACUGCUGAGCCACAAUCCCAGCCCCUAAUUUUUGUUUUCUGACAUGAAAAUACGUUUCCUUUGACAUCUGGAUUUAGCUUUCCAUGGAAGAGAAUAAAUAAAGCAACAACUAUUGGAGCAUUUCAGUCACAAGCAGACAGGAGAGUAGAGGGCAAAUGAAAUGAAAGGAUCCAGAAAGGCAAACUGAACUUCUACAUUUGGAAUAGUAAGAAGGACCUGGCUGUGAGAAAGGCUGGGCCAGGGAGUAGCGACAUUGCAUAUAUGAAAGUUAAGGCCAAUAAUACUGAUAGUAAGGAGAAAAAUCUACUGAAAUCCAUAAGGGAAAGUUAACAGAGCUAGAACCUAUGAUUCAAUCUACAAAUUUUUUUACAAAACAAUGCGUACUAUAAAAUAAAUGGUAUUGUUAAGAGCAAACAUAGUUGUUCCAGCUCUUAAAGAAAUGUUCAUGGAUUAGCAUUUGCUUCUAACCCUUGUUAGAAAUAGAUGAACUUCUUAGAAACAAAUUUUUUGGUAUGUGAAUUCUAUGCUGUGUUCAGUAUGCAUUAAAACAUACUACAUUUUAUUUUCUUUAACUUAUAUAUUCCAUUCAAAUUCUAUAUUCUUAUGUUAGCUACCAUGAGAUUUUCUUAUUGUUUCAAUAUAGUAUGUCCCUAUGAAAUGCUGUAUAUAUAUAUGUCUAAACUGUAAAAAUUAUACUGCAAAUGUUGAAGUUUUGUAUUUAUGAGAGACAUUGAAAGUAUGGCUUAUGGUAUAUCAAAAUUGUCACUCUUCACCAUUUGUAUAUUAAUAGUAAAGAUACUUUUACUUUAAUAAA